CUCGUAGCAACCAACAUCAAAUGUUUUGUUUACAUUGUUUUGCUCUCAUUUCACCGCAUUUCAAGCCAUUUGCUCUGUAUCGAGAACGAGUUGCUGUAGCUGCUGAACUGCUGGAAGUCAUCUGAAGAAGGAGAUUCUGCUGGUGUUGGCUUGUGAAGUUAGAACAGAGGAAGCGCUAUUUGGUCUUUGACACUGGAGGCCCUUGCGUGUGAUUGAGUAUUGUUGUGCUACUUUUGAGAAUACCGUUGUAUCGAGGAGCUUUGUUCUAUGUCGAACAACUACUACAACCAGCCGCCUCAGUUCACACAGGACGUUGAGUACGGCCAUGGCGAUGAGAAGCUCAACGUGCCUGAGCCGAACCCGCAGGGCUCGAGCUUUGACGAGGUGUUCAAGGUUGAGAAGCCGAAAUGGCACGAUUGGCCGUUCACGGUCUUCUUCUUAGCCACUGUUGGCGGGUUCAUCGCUGUUGCGGUGCUUACGCUGAGAGCAUAUGCUCAAACUUAUAGCGAGCAGGGAAGCGGAAUCUACACCAAUACAGACACCUUCACGUUGAACUCGAACACGGUGAUUCUGUUUGUAUUUGUAACCAUUGUUUCCAUCUGCAUUGCGAUGUUCACCUUGGUGAUGGCUAGGUUCAAUCCAAAGUUCUUCAUCCAGCUGAGUAUCAUCUUUAACAUCAUCCUGGGUAUUGGUACUGCAAUCGCAUACUUUGUGAUGCACUAUUAUUCAGCAGCGAUUGUGUUUUUGAUCUUUACCGUCAUAUCUGCGUGGUGUUAUUGGAGUCUGAGACACAGAAUUCCAUUCUCUGCGGAGGUGUUGGCCACGGUUAUUGAUGUCAUGAAGAGCUACAAAUCAACGCUUGUUGUCAGUACUCUUGGUGCCCUUGUAUCGUGGGCUUUCUCCCUGUUGUUCUCCACUGUCAUUGUUGCGACCUAUAUGAAGUACGAUGACAAACUGAACAACCCAGGUUGCAACGUUGAAGGUGGAAGCUGUUCACAGGGUAAACUUAUCGGUGUCUUGGUGUUUGUAUUCUUUGCCGGUUAUUACAUCACCGAAGUGAUUAGAAACGUUAUCCACGUUACGAUCUCUGGUGUCUAUGGUACUUGGUACUACUUGUCAAGAUCAGACCAAGGUGAGCCAAAAUGGCCUGCAUCUGGAGCUUUCAAACGUGCAAUGACUUAUUCGUUUGGUUCGAUCUGCUUUGGCUCUCUGAUCGUUACGUUUGUUGAUCUCCUGAAGCAGGGCUUACAAAUCCUUCGUGCAAAUGUGGUGUCUGCUGGUGAUACGUGCGCCCAGAUUGGCUUUUUAAUCCUGGACAUCUUAAUGGGCAUCAUUGAAUGGUUGGCAAGGUUCUUUAACCAAUACUCUUAUUCCUUCAUUGCACUUUACGGAGAUGGUUACAUUACUGCUGCCAAGGCAACGUGGAGAUUGAUUAGACAAAAGGGCAUGGAUGCCCUUGUCAAUGAGUGCCUUGUCGGCACCGCCUUGGGAUUCUACGCGUUGUUCAACGCCUACGUGUGCUCCCUCUUGGCCUAUCUCUACGUGAAACUGACCAAGCCAGCAUAUAACGAUGACGGUACGUUCUAUGCGCCUAUCGUUGCGUUCACUUUCCUCAUCGCCAUCCAAAUCUCCAACAUCGUCACACAACCUUUGAAAUCCGGCACCUCCACCUUCUUCGUCGCAUUGGCAAAGGACCCAGAGGUUUACCAGCAGAGCUAUCCAAACAGGUUCCAGGUGAUUGCUCAGACGUACCCGAACGUAUUUGACAAGUUGAGAAGUCGCUGAUUGGA